CUAAAAGAUCUUAAGGAGAUGUGCAAGACCUUGUACCAUUUUUUAGUUUUAAAUUUUAUUGUUGGUGUUGGAAACUCAACCUUCAUGGAGAUUUCCUCCACGUCGUAGUUUGUAAAAAUAAUGAGACAACUUAGCCAUCCUUCGCCAUUCAAUUUUUUAUCGGACGGCUUAGGCUCUUUGUGACUUUUAUAUUAUAUGGUAACGUUCUCAUCGUCUACAGUUCCAUUAACAAUUAACUGUGAAUUAAGGGAGCAUUGUAAGAGACUAACCGCCAUAAUUAGGGCAAAUUUUUGGGUAUCAAGACGUGUUUUCUUCACUUGUCUUACAUUUGAUGGUUAAAUUUUGUAUAAGAUCGCGGAUUUUUUAGGCUUUUCAGAGUAAGCUUCAGGCCAUUUUAAUGGCGAAAUGGUGAGGAAAAUUUAUGCAAAAGAUUCCUAAGAUUCUUAGGGUUUUUAGACUCUCUUUUGUCAGUUCAAUUCCGAGCGCUUUAAUGGUGAGCAUGGUGCAAAUUUUCUUUUAUGCCUGAUUCUAUGAGCUCGUCAUGCCGUUUCAGUGGUGCAAAUGCUACAAAUUCUCUGUUAAAUGGAGCAAUAAUUCUUAGGGGUUGGGGUCCUGUUUAUUGAACUGGUCUUUCUCCCUUUUCAUGGUGGAAGUGGCGGAAUUCUCUGUGAAAUAUAGAUCAAAUGAAACCUUAGGGUUUCAGGGAUUGUGCUUUUAAUAGUGAAAAUGGCUGGAAACUUCUCCGCAAAUGAUCGCCAUAUACUGGCUGCUGUUAAUGUUGGAGCGUCCACCUUGUCUCUUGCUGGCUCGGCCUUCAUUGUUCUCUGCUAUGCCCUCUUCAAAGAACUUCGAAAGUUCUCUUUCAAGCUAGUGUUCUUCCUUGCUUUAUCUGAUAUGUUUUGUAGCUUCUUCAACAUAGUUGGGGAUCCUACUAAAGGAUUUUUUUGCUAUGCCCAGGGCUAUAGCACACAUUUCUUUUGUGUGGCUUCUUUUCUCUGGACAACGGCAAUUGCUUUCACACUCCAUCGCACUGUUGUCAGGCAUAAAACUGAUGUUGAAGACCUAGGGCCUGUGUUUCACCUUUAUGUUUGGGGAACUGCACUUGUCAUGACUGUCAUACAGUCAAUAGGCAAUGACUAUGGUCGUGUGGGUGCUUGGUGUUGGACUCAGACAGCUGGCCAAACAGGAAAGGUUGUCCAACUUCUAACAUUUUACACUCCUCUUUGGGGAGCAAUUCUUUUCAAUGGAUUUACAUACUUCCAAGUCAUCCGCAUGCUGAAUAAUGCAACUCGUAUGGCAGUUGGCAUGUCAGACCAACCAAACCAAUCUGAUACAAGGGCAGAUAUGAAGGCAUUAAACAGGUGGGGAUACUACCCACUGAUCCUGAUAGGUUCAUGGGCAUUUGGUACAAUCAAUCGUAUCCAUGAUUUCAUUGAGCCAAAUCACAAAAUCUUUUGGCUUUCCUUUCUUGAUGUUGGAAUGGCUGCACUAAUGGGAUUGUUUAAUUCAAUAGCAUAUGGUCUUAAUGCCUCAGUUCGACGGGCAAUUUGUGAAAGACUUGAUCUGUGGUGGCCUGAGAGAUUCAGAAAAUGGUUGCCAUCUUUUAUCAAGUAUCGAUCACGGCAGCAAGAAAGCGAACUUGUUUAUGUCAAAAUUGAAGACCAACAAUAGUUAAUGCUAUGUGCAAGGAGGAUUAGAAUAUGAAAGUUAGAGAACAGAUGAUGUGCACUUUUAGUAGGGAGUUUCAAGAUGGACAAUGGCUGGAUUCACCUUUGCCAAAUGCAAUUGAGUUGACUGGAAGUGGCUUCGUUCUCUCGCUUUCUCUCUCUCUCUCUCUUUCUCAAUGCUGUGCCCUAUGGUUUCAUUGAUGUAUUUUAUCUCUCUCUCUAGGCUGUGCCCUAUGAUUCCAUUUAUUUAGUUCAUCUCUUUCUCAAUAAUGUGCCCUAAGGUUCCAUUGAUGUGGUUCAUCUCUCCCUCUCAAUGAUGUGUUCUUCGACCCCAGGAUGUAGCUUUAUUGUAGCAAUUUAGCAAUGCUGCGUUUUUUAGCUCUUGAUAUUAUAAAUUUUUGUGAGAGUUUUUUUCUGGUGUUUUGUAAAAUUGCAGUCCGAAUGGGUUUCGGUAACCAAUCGGACAGAUUCCCACGGGAGGUGCAUAUUGCUCCAAUCUUGAUUUAGGAAGCAUAUUUGUAUGAAAAUUUAUGUUUCUUUGAUGAUUUAGAUCA